AGUUUUGUUUGUAAUGUAUAAUUUGCCGUCCUGGUUGGUAAUGAAGAGGAAGUUCACUAUGCUGACACUGUUGAUAUCAGGCCCUUCACAGCCUGGUAACAAUAUUGAUGUUUACUUAGCUCCUCUUGUUGAAGAUCUAAGUCAACUGUGGUGUGAUGGUGUUAGUGCUUAUGAUGCCCAUAGGAAUGAAAAUUUCAAUCUUAGAGCAAUAUUAAUGUGGACAAUUAAUGAUUUUCCUGCCUUUGGCAAUCUUUCUGGUUAUAGUGUGAAAGGGUAUAAGGCAUGUCCUAUAUGUGAGGAGAAAACUUGUUCUCAAUAUUUAAAACACUCGAGAAAGAUUAGCUAUAUGGGACAUCGAAGAUUUUUGCCUUCUAACCAUGUAUUUCGAACUUGGAAAAAAGCAUUCGACGGGAAGCAAGAAUUUGAAGUGGCUCCGCCACCUUUACUUGGAGAACAAUUAGUAGUAAAGUUGAGUAAUGUCAAAUUCAAGCUUGGAAAGCGAAAAGUGACCCCUAAGAAAAGAAAGGGAAAACGUGACAAUUGCGAGCAAGUCACAGCUCAACCUGAUGGACCAUGGAAAAAGAAAUCAAUAUUUUUUGAGCUCGAGUACUGGAAGCAUUUGGUUUUACGUCAUAAUUUAGAUGUAAUGCAUAUUGAGAAGAAUGUGUCAGAUAGCCUAAUCAAUACCUUGUUUAAUGUUCCUGGUCGGUCCAAAGAUGGAAUUAAGUCUCGUCUAGAUUUGAAGGAUUUAGGAAUGCGAGCAAAUUUACACCCACAAGUUGUUGGUAAAAAAACUUAUUUGCCACCAGCAUGUUAUGCCUUCACUAAAGAAGAAAAACGCUCUGUGUGUAAUUCUUUGUCUCAGGUGAAGGUACCUGAAGGAUAUUCUUCAAAUAUCUCAAGUUUGGUUAAUAUUGAGAAACUUAUUUUGACCGGCCUGAAGUCUCACGAUCAUCAUACACUGAUUCAACAUAUUUUACCCGUGAGCAUUCGAAAUGUUUUGCCAAAAAAAGUUCGACAUGUUAUCACAAGGUUAUGUUUAUUCUUCAAGUGUCUUUGUUGUAAAGUGGUUGACGUGACCAAGCUAGAGAAGCUCCGAUUAGAAAUCACUGAAGUAUUGUGUUACUUGGAACAAUAUUUUCCACCUUCCUUUUUUGACAUAAUGGUUCACUUAACUGUUCAUUUGGUGAGAGAGCUAAAGUUAUGCGGGCCUGUGUACUUGAGAUGGAUGUACCCAUUUGAACGAUACAUGAAAAUUUUAAAGGGUUACGUAAGAAAUAGAAACAGGCCUGAGGGUUCCAUUGUUGAAUCAUAUAUCGUUGAAGAAUCAAUAGAAUUUUGUGUAGAUUAUUUGGCAAAUGUUGUCAGCAUUGGAUCGUGUCCUCCUCGAUUUGAUAAUGAAAUAAGUAAAGGGGGUGGGGGUCUUGUUAUUUGUGAGGUGAGUCGAGGUGAUAGAGACGAAGCACAUCGACUCGUUUUACAAAAUAUCGAUGAGGUAGAUAAUUAAUUAUUAACAAACUUAUUUAAAAAAAUUAAAAAAUGGUAAUUGAAACUUAAAUUAAUAAAUUAUCUAAUUUUGAAGGGAACAUUUUAAUUGGAUCAAAAUCACUUACCCGAGUAAGUCGAGAAAUAAAAAAUGGGUACAAGAUGAACAUUAUCGAACUUUUAGUACAUGGUUUGAAAAAAAGGUACUAUGAUUUUGUUGUUUAUUUUGUUUUGAUUUAUUCUUGCAAGUAUAUAGUUAAUAAGUUUAUUUUUGAUCUAGGUAUCCCAAGAUCAAAGUGACCCUACAAAAACAGUGUCUGAAUCACUGUUUUCUUUAUCACGAGGCCCUUCCUGCAAUGUUCUAAAGUAUCAAUCGUACUAUAUCAAUAAUACUCAUUUUAACACGAUUGAUCGUGAUAAAUGUAGAAAAACACAAAGUAGCGGUGUUAUGAUUGUUGCCAAGGCUUUCCAAAUAGCUAGUUCGAAAGAUAAAAAUCCUGUUGAAUGCGAUAUGACCUUCUAUGGUGUAAUACAAGAAAUUUGGGAAUUAGAUUAUACUAGUUUUCGAAUCCCAGUUUUACUUUGUGAUUGGGUAAGAAGUGACAAUGGAGUUAAAGAUGAUGAAUUAGGAUUCAAAUUAGUGGACUUGAAUCGAGUAGGACACAAAAAUGAUAGGUUUAUAAUGGCAUCACAAGCCAUUCAAGUGUUUUACAUGAGUGAUCCAUUAGAUGACCGCUGGUCCGUUGUCCUCACAACACAACCGAAAGACUAUGAAAAAAAAGAGUCUAGUGGGGAUGAUCUCAUGCUUAGUGACCAAACUUUUGAAAUCAAUCCACCGCCUGUUGAUGUGACUGUUGGGGAUGACAUCAUAUCUUCACGUGAGGAUGGAGAAGGAUUAUGGGUUGAUAUGGAUUGAUAUCAAUAUUAACCCAUAAUCGAUAUUCGCAUUGAUACGCGAUGUAAUGGUGCGUUCUUUAUGGAUGAUCCAAAUUUGAAUUUGGACCUCUUCUGUCAAUUUGUUGCUGAUGACAGCGAAGAUGAUGUACAACAAGAUCACCAAGAAGAAGAGGGGAAUGAAUCAGGCCCCGGUGUACGUGGUAAAUAUAUUGGUAGAGAGAUGAUAAAGAUGAGGAGCGACGGGAAGAAGAAGGAAGUCGAGUACAACUCAUGGGGUCAAGCUAUUAGUGAUGGUGCAAACAAACUUCAUAGUGAGAUUGGUAAAUAUGUUCGCCACCACGUUACAUUGCUUGUGGAUGAUUGGCGACUUAUAUCGAAAGAAGUGAAAGAUAAGUUGUGGAAUGAAAUGCUGGUAAUUUUUUAUUCAACUAUAAUAAAUUAAAUUAAUUACAUUUGUUUAUCUUUAACCGGUGAUGUGUUACAUUAAUUUCUACAGAGUAUGUUUAUAACUGGCACAAAGACGAAAUCCUAUGUGUUGUCAGUUGGUGGUGAUAGGUGGAGGGAAUUUAAAUCCUACCUAACAAACUUCAUCUACACACACAAAGAUGACAAUCCACAACUUUUAGACAAGCCCCCAAAGCUUUAUGAAAAUGUGAUUGACCCUGAAGAGUGGAAAGCAUUUGUUGACUAUAGAUUAAGUGAAGAAUGGCUUGUAAAACGAAAGUCAGCACAAAGCAGCAGGAAACAAAACAAAUACAACCACCGCACUGGACGAGGUGGUGUUAGGAAGGUCCGAGAGAAGAUGGAGAAAGAAUUGGGUCACCAGAUAGAUGACGUUGAUCGAGCUGAUUUGUGGAUCAACAUGUACAAGAAGAAGAAGGAAUGACCUUAAAAAGCAGGUCGAAGAGGGAACACUAGUACUCGAAGGCUCUAAGGAUAUUCUGACCCUUGCGCUUGGCACAAAUGAACACGGUGGACGUGUUAGAGGCAUGGGGAGGAACGUCACCCAGACACAAUAUUUUAAGACCCCACGCCCUACCAAAAAGAUACAGUCAACAAUUGAUGACAAUCGAAUGACUGAGGUGGAGAAGAGACUUCAAGAGACUGAUGAAAUGUAUCGCCAAACUCAACAACAAUUAAAGGAACUUCUCCAACAAUUGAACACUCAACAUAGCAACGUGGUUGGGACUUCACAUGCAUCUGGUUCAGGUAUAGGAGGAGCAUCAAAUGAACAAGUGAAUAUUUCACUGCAGAGUGUCUCUGCUCAACCACGAGUGCCACCACCGAAUGUCUUUGCCCGACCAGUAGCACCACCACUUAGUGUAUCUAAUCUACCAUCAGUGCCACUUCCUGCAAAUGUCUCUGCUCCACCGACACCACCACCAGAUACAACAAUGUCUGAGAAGAAAGCAAAGUGUUCGAUGUACUUGGUUACCAAACAACCCAAAAAUAGUACUAAGUGUGUUGCAAAGGGGUAUUUGGUGAUAGAAAAUGUGACCACCUUGGAAUUACAUAAUGAAAAGUUUGACCCAAAGCGCUUUUGUCGAGUCUUCAUUGAAGAAGUUUUUUACGAAAAUGCAAGGCUCCCAUGCCCUGUCACACAAGAAAGCCUCACCACCGUAGGCGAAGUGGUGAAUUCCUAUGUAGCCUGGCCAAUUCCACUUGUCAAGAUUGAUGGUGUACACCAGACACAGGAGAAGGGCAAGAAGAGGGAUUAUGACAGUAAUAUGGUUGGUCCACCGACUCAACCUUUGAAACACCCUCGAAGGCCAGAUAAGCUUCCAAUAGCUCGUUAUACUCCGCCAGAGAAAAGUGUCACAUUGAGUUUGCUAGAGAUGAUGGUCGAGCAGUGGCCAAAGGAAAGAAUGUCCUUGAAGUUGACAUUGGUGAGGAUGUGUUCGGGGUAGAGCACAAAACAUACUUAUCAAAAAACGACAUACUUGACAUUUGCAAUCUCAAAUGGAUCGGAUCUGUUCCAAUGUCUGUGUGGUGCAGUAUAAUGCAGCGUGAACUAAACAAAAAUGAGUUGAACGGUGUAUAUGCAUUUAUGAAUCCUGCAUCUGUGGCAUCUACUGAUGGCUUAGGGUACAACGAGCGUGUAGCUUUGCUUUUUCAGCGAUUGAGCAACAUAC